AUGCUAGCAGCGGUCUUCAGGCAUAGGAACCUGAAUCUAUCGGAUAAUAAGGAUCUACAAGACCUUAGAUCCUUCGAGACCACUAAAGAGAAACUACAAUCUUCACCAGCUUGGAAUUUGGAUGUAGUUCUGAAGUUUCUCAUGAUUAAUAGGUUCGAACCUUUAAAGGAAACAUCAUUUAAGGACCUCACCAUGAAAACUCUCUUCCUGAUAAGUCUAGCAACAGCAAAAAGAGUCAGUGAAAUCCAGGCCUUUAGCAAAGCUGGUAAUGACAGUUUUGAUGGUGAUAUAACGGUCUUGAGUGAUGUCGAUGAUGAUGCUGAAAAUGAGAUUGUAACACUGUUUGUGAAGUUUGAAUCUAAUUAUAUUCGAUGCAGAGUUAGACAGUUUCAGAAAUUGUCUUCAGUGUAUGACGAAGUUGCUGACCACUUAAGUGUGAAUGCUGCACAAGUUUUGUUAUGUCACGAUGACAAAGUCAUCAGCCGAGACAAAUGUCCAGUGGAUUUAAAGCUCAAAUAUGGAGCUAUUAUAGAAUGUGGGGUCCAAUCUCAGUCAGCUGUACUAGUGAAAGAAACUGUAACCAACCAGAGUCCUGGAACCAUUCCUCUCAAAGUACAAAAUUCAGAUAGGAAAGGAGUCGUUACAAUCUUCAUCAGACCUGAUGCCAAGAUGAAAGAACUGAUGCAUAGGUAUGCCGAAGAGAAAAAUAUUCCUGUGGAAGAGUUGCAUUUCAGUUUUGAUGGGGAAACCUUAAAUCCAAAUGACACACCUAAAUCUUUAGAUUUAGAGGGGAAUGAAUGUAUAGAUGUGUAUAGAACAUGA